CUACCAACCUGUAUUAGGUAUGGGUGGGCUUGCUACAGGACAAUUAAUUACCAUGUGUUGGCAUUUCUACCAAGCUGCAUUAGGUAUGGGUGGGCUUGCUACAGGACAAUCAAUUACCAUGUGUUGGCAUUUCUACCAACCUGUAUUAGGUAUGGGUGGCCUUACUACAGAACAAUUAAUUACCAUGUGUUGGCAUUUCUACCAAGCUGCAUUAGGUAUGGGUGGGCUUACUACAGAACAAUUAAUUACCAUGUGUUGGCAUUUCUACCAACCUGUAUUAGGUAUGGGUGGCCUUGCUACAGAACAAUUAAUUACCAUGUGUUGGCAUUUCUACCAAGCUGCAUUAGGUAUAGGUGGGCUUACUUCAGGACAAUCAAUUACCAUUUGUUGGCAUUUCUACCAACCUGCAUUAGGUAUGGGUGGGCUUACUACAGAACAAUUAAUUACCAUGUGUUGGCAUUUCUACCAACCUUUAUUAGGUAUGGGUGGGCUUACUACAGGACAAUUAUUUACCAUGUGUUGGCAUUUCUACCAACCUUUAUUAGGUAUGGGACGGCUUACUACAGGACAAUCAAUUACCAUUUGUUGGCAUUUCUACCAACCUGCAUUAGGUAGGUGUGGGCUUACUACAGGACAAUUCUUUACCAUGUGUUGGCAUUUCUACCAACCUGUAUUAGGUAUGGGUGGGCUUGCUACAGGACAAUUAAUUACCAUUUUUUGGCAUUUCUACCAACCUGCAUUAGGUAGGUGUGGGCUUACUACAGGACAAUUAUUUACCAUGUGUUGGCAUUUCUACCAACCUGCAUUAGGUAUGGGUGGGCUUGCUACAGGACAAUUAAUUACCAUUUUUUGGCAUUUCUACCAACCUGUAUUAGGUAUGGGUGGGCUUGCUACAGGACAAUUAAUUACCAUUUUUUGGCAUUUCUACCAACCUGCAUUAGGUAGGUGUGGGCUUACUACAGGACAAUUAUUUACCAUGUGUUGGCAUUUCUACCAACCUGCAUUAGGUAUGGGUGGGCUUGCUACAGGACAAUUAAUUACCAUUUUUUGGCAUUUCUACCAACCUGCAUUAGGUAUGGGUGGGCUUACUACCAAACAUGGGCUUAUUGAUUGAUAAAUAUGAUAAUUAAGUUUACUAAUAUGUCUGUUUAAGUUGUAAACAUGUUUUACUGUACCCGUUUCACAAACACGGGUGUUACAGAACAGAAAUGUGGUAAAAAUAUACAGGUGU